AUGAAGGGGUUGCCCUGCCCAUGCCCUGCCCUGCCCCACUUCUGGCAGCCGGGGUCUCGGUUCAUGGCUGAGGACUCUGGAACUCAGGCCCUGGGGAAAGGGCCCUCCCUCAGCAUCCAGCUCCUGCGAGCCCAGUACGAAGGCUUGAAGCAGCGGCAAAGAGCCCAGUCCCAUGUGGUGUUGUUCCCUAAAGGGGGAAACGUUCCUGCUCUUGCCCCGGCUCAGCCCAGGAUCAGCACUGUUUGGAUUAACAAGGAGAGAAGGAGCUCACUGUCCCUGGAGGAGGCAGAGCCCGAGGCCAAAGGGAUGCCAGAGACAGCAGACCAAGACUGUCUUCAGACCCACAAGUCUCCAUGGCACACACACCUAGAGAUGCAUUGCUUGGUCCAAACCUUCUGUGAGGAAACAAGUAAUCAAGCACGGCACAAGGACAGGAUUACCGGGUCUGACCAAAGGCUGCCUCCAAAAGGAGACCCAGGCUUGUUUGAUAGCAAUCACAGGACUCAGCAAGGGACCGAAUUCUCAGAGGCAGCCCAGUGUCAAUGUCAAGUGGCCAAUACCCAAACAAAAGUACUAGAAGAAGGUUUAAACUCGAGCAUUCAGUGCCCUCCUCCCACAAAGAACCUACACAAGUCCGGUAAAUCAGCUCAUUAUCCAUUUCCUCAGAGGAAAACUCCAAGGAUCUCCCAAACUGCCCGGAACCUGGGCUUAUAUGGCCCAGUUUGA